AUGGAAUAUCAAUUACUAUCCGAGCUUGUUGAACUUUAUCCAAACAUACUUACGCGUGGCGUUCAAGAAAAUGAAUAUGUACUAUUAGAUGAUUUAGUUUUAGAACUAAAAGGCAUAAAUUUUCGAGAUAAUGAAACUUUGAUUUGCAAAUCGGAGAGAAAAUCAAUUAAAUGUAACUCCAUUAAAUGUAGAAAAGUAACAGCAGUUUUAAACAAUCUCAAAAUUGAAAGUCCGCUAAUAAUAGAAUCGUCUCCUUUCAUAAUGAUUCAGCAAUGCAAUAUAACAAUGGAUGACUGCCAAGAAUAUGCUCUAAUAGAAAUACAGAGAUCAACAGUUUUAAUUAAAGAUAGCGAAAUCCAUUGCAACGAAAAAGUUUCAAUUAAUAUUUUACACAACUCUCAAGUUUUAUUGAAAAAAGACACGAUACAAGAUAGCAAUUGUACACUUAUUAAUGUUUCCAGCUCAAAACUCAUUAUGGAGAAAACUACGGUGAAAGAUUCGAGACAAAACGGAAUUUAUUCACAAGAAAAUAGCGUUGUUCAGAUUACAGAUUCAGAAUUAACAGAUAUUCAAUAUCCAUCCAUUUAUGCAAUGAAUUGCCAAUACAUUGUUGAAAGAACAAAAUUUUCCAACUUAAAACAAAACGGAAUUACAUUUGUGAAGUGCAAAGCCAUAACACUAAAAGAUUGCUUCUUUGAUAACAUUGAAUCUUCAGCUAUUUCCUGUGCUGCUUCAAAAAUUGAAAUUGAUCAUAACGAAAUAAAGAAUAUCAAUGGAAAUGGAGCUUAUAUAAGUGAUAGCUCUAGAGCACUCAUUACAAAUAACACAAUUACAGACUGCCAAUUCCCAAGUAUUGCUUUAUUAUAUGGAUGUGUCGGCCAAAUAACCGGAAAUUAUAUAAGGAACAUGGAUAAAUCAGGUAUAUGCUUUAGAGGUUCCAAACAAGUCCUUUUCCAAGAUAAUACAAUUGAUAUUGUCGGAGAAUGCGGAAUCAGCGUUUCAGAUACGACAGAUAUCAUAAUAAAUCAUAACAAGAUCUUGAAUUGCAUGAUAUCAGCAUGCGAAUCUUAUAAUUCUUCAAAUGUUGUUUUCAAAUCUAAUGAAAUUGAUGGUAAUUAUCCUUAUGGCCUACUUGUUUACAGUGGAGGAAAAAUUGAUGCAGUAGAAAAUACGUUCAAUGGAGUCACAAAAGCGAUUUGUCAACUUCGAUACAAAGGAUCUGCAUCUGUAAAGAAUAAUAGGGUCUCAAAACAUGUUCAGCCUUACGAUGGACAGACAAGCAGAUUAUACGUAUUCGAAGGAAAUGGAGAAUGCCCACCAGCAACGAAUAUCCAAGAAGAAGCCGACAGAUUACAUAUCCCAUGCGAUCCAUUACUACCGCAGUCUUCAAAUAAAUGCAUAAAGUGCCAAGAAGGACCACGCGAUUGCUAUUUCCAGGAUUGUGGCCAUUGUAUUUACUGCAUGAGCUGCGGACAAAAGGCUUUGAAGAACAAGGAAUCAUGCCCUCUAUGCAGGUUCCCAAUAAUUGGCGUUACAUCAGGAUUUAGCGAAGAUUCUCAUGGACUUUGUACAAUUUGCAACGAUAAUGAAGCAAAUUGUAUAAUUUUCCCUUGUGGUCAUACAGGAUUUUGUGACAAAUGCUUGUCUAGAUGGUACGAAGAGAACAAAACUUGUCCAUUUUGCCGCCAAGAUCCUUCAACUUUCAAAAAGAUUGAAACAUCUGUGUAA